AGCGGCUCCGGGCCAGUCCGGACGGCGGCUGUGACUGAGAAGCUGGGGCGUGGAGCAGCAGUGGCGGCGACGGGCGACAACGGAGCAGCCAUGAGGGCCGGGCCCAGUCACCGACAACAGGGUUUCUCUGUACCUUUGGAGCCUGUCCUGUCUGUCUUGGAACUCACUGUGUAGACCAGGCUGAUCUCGAACUCAGAAAUCCGCCUGUCUCUUCCUCCCAAGUGCUAGGAUUAAAGUGUGAGCCACUGCCCCAUGUUGUGUUGAUGCUGGUCUGCCAUGCUAGCCUGUCUACCCGGGCCAGGUGAUCUGCCCUUUCAGCUUCUUUCUCACACGCAGAUGAACACUGGACUUCAGAAAUGGGACACUACACAGAAAAUGAGAACUGCUCACUAUCCUACCCCAGCCGAAUUGGACGCGUAUGCUAAGAAGGUCGCAAACAACCCACUGACUAUAAAAAUCUUCCCCAACAGUGUGAAGGUUCCUCAGCGGAAACACGUUCGUCGUACUGUGAACGGCCUCGACACAUCAGCCCAGCGCUACAGCCCCUACCCGACUCAGGCUGCCACCAAGGCAGGCCUGCUUGCCAUUGUCAAAGUGCCAGCCAAAAGCAUACUCAAGGACUUUGACGGCACCCGAGCCCGGUUCCUCCCUGAGGCCAUCAUGAACCCCCCAGUGGCACCCUAUGCUACUGUGGCACCCAGCACUUUAGCCCACCCCCAGGCUCUGGCCCGCCAGCAGGCCCUGCAGCAUGCACAGACCCUGGCCCAUGCCCCUCCCCAGACACUGCAACACCCUCAGGGUAUACCACCACCACAGGCACUGUCUCACCCUCAGAGCCUCCAGCAGCCUCAGGGCCUGGGCCACCCUCAGCCAAUAGCCCAAACCCAGGGCUUGGUCCACCCGCAGGCCCUGACUCACCAGGGUCUCCAGCAUCCCCCUAACCCCUUGCUGCAUGGAGGCCGGAAGAUGCCAGACUCAGAUGCACCCCCAAAUGUGACCGUGUCUACCUCAACUAUCCCCCUUUCAAUGGCGGCCACCCUGCAACACAGCCAGCCCCCGGACCUGAGCAGCAUCGUGCACCAGAUCAACCAGUUUUGCCAGACGAGGGCAGGCAUCAGCACUACCUCAGUGUGUGAGGGCCAGAUCGCCAACCCCAGCCCCAUUAGUCGCAGUCUGCUCAUCAAUGCAAGCACCCGGGUGUCGACCCACAGCGUCCCCACACCAAUGCCUUCAUGUGUGGUCAAUCCCAUGGAGCACACCCACGCGGCCACAGCCGUGCUGCCUGCUGCAGGUCCUGUCAACCUGCCCACAGGCAUCUCUCGAGCCCCUACUGGCUACUCUAGCGACCUCAAGCCAGUUACCUGGAACCAGCACCAGCUGGCCCAUCUACAGCAAAUGUGCAGCGAGGCUGGUGGGACACCAGCCCCUGGCCUGACAGGCAAACAUACAGCAGGACGCGAGUUGGCAGGGCCAGGUUUUGUGGGCAAGGCCCCUGCCUACCCGCAGGAACUCUGCCUGGCGCAGUCCUUCCAUCUGAAGCCUUCCCUGGAGAAGCCGACCCCAUCCCCACCUGUCAACGGCCUACCGGCCCCACUGGCCUAUCCCAAUGGUCACUACUUCCAACCCCUGUGGAACAACAUCCUACCAACUCCCAAUAGCGACAGCUCGGGGUCUCAGGACCUCGCCAUGCCGUUCCAUGCUGGGCAGCCCACAGGUGCACCCCUCGACUGUGCAGCAGCUCCUGGGGCCCACUACCGAGCGGGAACUGGGGGUGGGCCAGUGGCAAGCCAGAACAGCUUGAUGCAAACGGUGGAUUACCUGAGUGGGGAUUUCCAGCAGGCCUGCUUCCGAGAACAGAGCCUGGCCAUGUUGAGCAAGGCCCACCGAGCCCCUGGCACCCGAGCCCCCGAUCCCACAGAUAGUCGAAGUCUUCAUAUUCAGCACCCAGGGUAUAGAUAGGGAGCCGUGAUCCCUCCUCAGGCAACACGCCAUACAGCACCCUUCUAGGCUUAGUCUUACUUUGAAGUAACUGGAUAGUUUCAAAGUUUCACUGCUCCAGUGUGAUCAUCCUUAGGUAUCUAAGGAAGGGAACUUGGCAGGGUCCCUUUGGGGGCAGAAGAAGGUCCUUUCUCCUCCCACGAGCUACUACUCCUGGUUUUCUUUAGAAGCUAACUCUGUCUCAGCACCUGCCUGUCAAUCAGUCUCCACCUUGACCACUUGUUGCUCUUGCCAUCUUUUGCUGAGACUGAGGUAUGGCUGAGGAAAGUGGCCUAGAGCCUUAAGUUAGGCUUCUCUGUCUAGGACUAAGAAGCCAGACGUUCUGAGUGCUCUGGAAUCUAAUUAUUUACUCCCAUAAAGCUGUCAAAUGAAAAUACACCCAGCUUCCAUCUUCCCCAGCUGCUUCCAUUCCUCGAGGCUUGGUUCUGCAUUUACGCUGCUCCCAAGUCACUGUACUUGGCCUUGCUGAAGCCUUGAGACUCAGAAAACCUUGGCGUUGGCAUCUUAAUUUUUGACUUCCUUUCCAGAGAAAUGCAGUGGCCACCUGGCAUUCCCAAGACGACCUGUGACCUGUCGCUCUCUCCAAACUCAACUUCUGUCCUCAUCCCUGCCUCCCUUCCCCCUUAAGGGGAAAAAAAAAGCAAAACAAAAACUACCUUACUUGAAGAAUUAGAUAUAGGUAAAGGAUGAUCACAUUAGAGUUUGGAAUUAAAAUCACCAAAAAAAAAUAUAUUUAAAAAAGAAGUUAAACUGCAUGUGGUUCUCUACACUGGCUAAGAAUUAUGGUCCACACUGUAAGUUUUAAAUGUCAUGUUUCUGUAUGAAUGUGGUUUGAGGAGCAUUUUGUAUGCGUGGCCCCACAGGUACACCCACCCUUACAUUUUGCAGCCCUUCAGUUUAAUGAAGAACAAAAAGAAAAACACAAAGCCUUAAGCUCGUUGAAUUCUUCCUCUACCAAAUGAGCAUGGUUCUGAGCGCUGCAGAGGGGCUUACAUUGGAAACAGCCCCUCUUGCCCCUUGCCCGUUCUUAGAGCAGCUCCCAUCUGUUCCAGGACCAGUGUGUCUCAUUCCCAAGUGACAAUUAGCUGUCUAGAAAUUCACCACUUCUCUGUAACUUUAGCUUGUUUUGUUGUAAAAGUUUUGCACCUGUCUUCUGUUGCACAGUGGGCUUUAAAAAUAACAACAAGCCCUUGUCUUUCCUCUUGUCUUUGGGGAAUGUGAGCUGAAGGCCUUGGGUUCAUUCUCACUGUUCCUUAGCCAGAAAUUCUGUAGUGAUCUGAAGCAAUGUGACCGAAGCUCAGCUUUUAAAUUAUGUGUUGGCAAGUUGCCUUAUAUUUAAAAGAAGGAAAAAGAAAAAAAAAAAAGGAAAAAACAAUGCCUGAGUGUGUUAUGCCAAAUGAUAGCAACAUGAAGUCCUAAUUUAUUGUUUCCCUGCCGUCUGUGAACACUGGUAUUAUUGCCCUGUCCCCCAGCCCCCAAACCUCUGGUGCAGCCUCCUCACCCAGGGCACCUCCAUCAGCAGAUUUUCUGUGUCAUAUUUAAAGAGUUCCAAUAUC